AUGCAGCAUCCUCUGACGGGGGCCACCUGCGUGGCGCUCCCCAACGUGGGCAUGUGUCCCCAGCUCUCGUGUGCCUUGACUUUUAUGUACUUACAGCAGGGUAAUCAGGAAGCAGCAGCUGCCCCUGACACAAUGGCUCAGCCUUACGCUUCGGCCCAGUUUGCCCCCCCUCAGAACGGCAUCCCCGCGGAAUACACGGCCCCUCAUCCCCACCCCGCUCCAGAGUACACGGGCCAGACCACGGUUCCCGAGCACACGUUAAACCUGUACCCUCCCGCGCAGUCGCACUCGGAGCAGAGCGCCGCGGACACGAGCGCUCACACCGUCUCGGGCACCGCCACACAGACAGAUGACGCGGCGCCCACGGAUGGUCAGCCUCAGACACAACCUUCCGAAAACACGGAAAACAAGUCCCAGCCCAAGAGGCUGCAUGUCUCCAACAUCCCCUUCAGGUUCCGGGAUCCUGACCUCCGACAAAUGUUUGGCCAAUUUGGUAAAAUCUUAGAUGUUGAAAUUAUUUUUAAUGAGCGCGGCUCAAAGGGAUUUGGUUUCGUAACUUUCGAAAAUAGUGCCGAUGCGGACAGGGCGAGGGAGAAAUUACACGGCACCGUGGUAGAGGGCCGUAAAAUCGAGGUAAAUAAUGCCACAGCACGUGUAAUGACAAAUAAAAAGACUGUCAACCCUUAUACAAAUGGCUGGAAAUUGAAUCCAGUUGUGGGUGCAGUGUACAGUCCCGAAUUCUAUGCAGGCACCGUGCUGUUGUGCCAAGCAAACCAGGAGGGAUCUUCCAUGUACAGUGCCCCCAGUUCACUUGUAUAUACUUCCGCAAUGCCCGGCUUCCCGUAUCCAGCAGCCACCGCCGCGGCCGCCUACCGAGGGGCGCACCUGCGAGGCCGCGGCCGCACCGUGUACAACACCUUCCGGGCCGCGGCGCCCCCGCCCCCGAUCCCGGCCUACGGCGGAGUAGUGUAUCAAGAGCCUGUGUAUGGCAAUAAAUUGCUGCAGGGUGGUUAUGCUGCAUACCGCUACGCCCAGCCCACCCCUGCCACUGCUGCUGCCUACAGUGACAGUUACGGACGAGUUUAUGCUACCGACCCCUACCACCACACACUUGCUCCAGCCCCCACCUACGGCGUUGGUGCCAUGAAUGCUUUUGCACCCUUGACUGAUGCCAAGACUAGGAGCCAUGCUGAUGAUGUGGGUCUCGUUCUUUCUUCAUUGCAGGCCCAGGACACUUGUCAGAAGGAAGCAAAAAAGUAGGCCCACCCUCAACAUCCCCCAAAGAACAAAGUCCCCCCACCUCUGAAGCAGGGCCAGAAUGACACAGCCGAAAAAUUGCAGUUUGUGUGUAUAUUUCUUCUGUUUGAAGUCUUUCCAUGUUGUCCUGUUUACAAAGUUAAUCUCAGUUGGGGUAUCUGUCACAGACCUUCCUGUUUUUGUAUUUAAAUAAAAAAAAAACCAACCCUGCAGCAAGAUGUCCCCAGUAGUUUUGCUGCCAUAGUUACAAUUCCCAUGUGUGCGGUGCAGGCCCUGUGGCAUGCACUUUAGUAAAGCUAUCAACUCACCGCUGUGAACCGCCAAUCCGCUGUAACAACUCUGCUUUAAGACAAAACCAAACAAAACUUAAAAAAAAAAAAAAGUGUUUGUGAUCCAGCUUUUCUCUUGUCAUCCUAUGUGCAUGCAGUAAGAUCGGUUGGAUAUUAAACCAUCAAUAAAGUUUCACAAGAUUUGAAAACCGAGUUUCUGUAGCUUCGCUAUCUAAGACAGAUCACCGUGAUCUUGCAAAAAAGAGAGAAACGGGGGAAAAAAAACUGCUUAGCGGCCAAAAGCAGAGAAAAAUGUUCUUUUCGCCGACGGAUUUGGGUGGGGGAGGGGAGGGGCGAGGGUGUGUUUUAGAGCAUCCCUGAGAGACAUUCUCAUCCCCCUACCUGGAAGGUAAUGUUAUGACAACGGGUGCCUGGUUGAUGUUUUUAAGGGAAAUGAUGUACUGAAAUGCUACGGCAUCCGACCCCAAAGGGGGACAAGGUAGAAGGAACAGAGGGUUCGGGAGAAUCAGGUGAUAUCUCCCAUUUGCCUCAGAUUUCAAAAUCCAGAAUUUGCAUUGUAUUUGGAAUCACAAACAUAGAAUUCUUACUGUGUUGGUUCAAGUAAAAUUAAUUUGCAGUUUUGAUUUUCAUCGAUGAGCUGUACUUUCCCCCAUGAUUGUAUGUAGUUUUAAUAAAAUCAUUUAGAGCAAGUGGGUGCCAACUGAUGUUACAGAAUCUUUUGUCAGGCACUCCUCCAAGAGGCCAAUACGUCAUUUUAAACUGUAUGUCAGAGAUGUAAACAGACAUUUUGGAUUUUUUUAAACGGUAUUUAUUUGGAAUGUUUUCAUUUAUCUAAAUAACUAUUGCUAUUAUGAAUUAUGGAAAAACAGAUUCCUAUCAUGUGUGGCAUAUAGUGACUUAACACACACCUCACGCAAUCUGCAAACCCAGAAAAUGUGUAUAUCUGUCUUUAGAAAUUAGUGUUUAUAUCACUUACAGUGGUUUGUGAAUAAAGAAAACUGGUUUGUAAUAUCAAAAAAUAAAAGCUUAGUCUGAA